GCGGCUGACAGUCAGAGGCAGCGGCCGGGCCAGGCCCGGUGGGCGGCUGAUCCGCGAUGGCGCUGCGGCAAGCGCUGGCCAAAGGGCUGCGGCUGGGCCGGGGGCUGCUGUCGCGCUGUUUCGGCUGGGGGCCUCCCGUUCCUGGGCCGCCACCGGCCGUUCUCCUCCGCCAGCGAGCGCCGCCGCCGACCCGCGUGGGCUUUCUACGUUUGGCCGCGGACCGGCUAGGCCUCAGGCGGGCGCCGUUUCGCCAAGCAGCCGCCCGGCUCUCGGCCGGCCCCUACCACUGCCGCCGCCUCGGCUUGGCCUUCAGCCUCGGACUGGCGUUGCUGGAGCCGGCGCUGGCGGAGCGGAGGCAGGCGGACGAGGCCUGCAAGGACAUCCAGACAAUAUUUAUGCGAAGGAAGAAGACUCAGAAAGACCCCCUGGGCUUACUCCGCCGGCAGGGUUUCAAACUGGAAGAAUACUCCAUUGGACAGCCCAUUGGCAAAGGCUGCAGCGCAGCCGUGUAUGAAGCAACCAUUCCUUCAGCUGCCUGUCAUAAAGCAAGCGGUGACCAAAACUCUGAAGAUUGCAGUCAUCGUGGCGGUUCACAUACCAAGGCUGGAGAUGCUCGCCAAGCCCGUUACUGGAGAGCCGGCUUCCCACUGGCUAUCAAGAUGAUGUGGAACAUUUCGGCUGGUUCCUCAAGUGAAGCCAUCCUCCGCACCAUGUCGCAGGAGCUGGUUCCAGCACGCGGCUCUGCUUUAUCUGGAGAAUUUGGAGUCGUUGCUUGCCCCAGGAAACCCAGCUUCGGGAAGAAGCAGCUGAAACCUCACCCAAACAUCGUCCAGGUGCUCCGAGCGUUCACAUCUCAUGUCCCUCUGCUCCCUGGUGCAACAGUAGACUACCCAGAUGUUCUGCCUGCCACUCUGAAUCCCUCUGGGAUUGGACACAGCCGCACGCUCUUCCUGGUGAUGAAAAACUAUCCAUGCACUCUGCGCCAGUAUCUCCAUGAGAGGACUCCCGAUGCUCGCUUGGGCACCAUGAUGAUCCUGCAGUUACUGGAAGGGGUGGACCACCUCGUUCGACAAGGAGUGGCUCACAGGGAUUUAAAGUCAGACAACAUCCUAGUCGAAUUUGACCCUGCGGGAUGCCCCUGGCUGGUGAUCACAGAUUUUGGCUGUUGCUUGGCUGACGACAAAAUUGGGUUGCAACUGCCGUUUACCAGCUGGUACGUGGAUCGUGGCGGCAACAGCUGCCUCAUGGCACCAGAGGUGCUCACAGCUUCCCCCGGUCCAGGCAUCGUGCUCGAUUACACCAAAACGGACACCUGGGCAGUUGGAGCGAUCGCGUACGAGGUCCUCGGGGCGCGUAACCCGUUCUACGGCAGCAGGGGAUCAUCCCUCGAAAGCAGGAGCUACCGGGAGGAGGAGCUGCCACCCUUGCCAGAGACCACACCCCUGAAAGUGAAGAAUCUUGUCAGGGCACUCCUUCGCCGAGAUCCCAAGAAGAGACUCACAGCCAGAGUGGCAGCCAACAUGCUUCACCUGAGCCUGUGGGGUGAGGGCUUACUCAGCUUCAAGGACCCGCAACUCGACAAGAUGAUCGUCUGGCUCCUUCACCAAUCAGCAGCCACCUUAUUGAUGGACGGGCUCGGAGACAGAAACCGGGUCGAAACCAAGCUGAAGAAAUGCUUCCUGGCGAACCUGGAGUACGAAGAUCUCUGGGAGGCAGCGGCUUUGCUUCGCUCCUGGAGAAACGGGGUGGAGGAAUGAGCUCUGAUCGACUUCCCCUCGAGCCUUUGGUGUAGUUUCCUGUUGUUCCACUAUAAAAGCAUGUCGCUGGCCAA